AUGCUUGCUGCCUCUGCCUUGCGUCUGACACUGCUGCUCUGCUGGCUGGUUGCACCCCAACCCACCCAGCCUGAGAGACUCUUCCACAGCCGGGACCGUUCGGACCUGGAGCCAUCUCCUCUGAGCCAGGCCAAGCCCAUUGCUGACCUCCAUGCUGCUCAGAGAUUCCUAUUGAAAUACGGCUGGUCAGAGGUGCUUAGUUCAAAGGAGUCACCAGAAGUCCCUCUGGGCCCCACCUUGGCUCAAGCUGUGCGAAGAUUCCAGAAGGCAAACAGACUGCCAGCCAGCGGGGAAUUAGAUUCACCCACACUGGCAGCUAUGAACAGGCCACGCUGUGGCAUCCCCGACACAAGGCUGCCACUUCAGGCCGCUCUGCCGACCCCACCAGCCCUGCCAACCCCUUUGGGUCUCCAGCCCAGGGCCCGUCAAAAGCGCUUCCUUCAAAUGCUGCUGCCCAAGCCAGGUGGGCAACAUGAGGGCACUUUAGACACUGGGCCCAGGAGGGCCUUCUCCAGGAAGACGCUGACCUGGAGGCUGGUCGGGGAUGCCUACAGCAGCCAACUCUCUGUGGAAGAGCAGAGAUAUAUCUUUAGACUGGCCUUCAGGAUGUGGAGCGAGGUGACACCAUUGAACUUCCGGGAGGACCUCACUGCCCCUGGCACUAUGGUGGACAUAAAGCUGGGUUUUGGGAGAGGCCGGCACCUGGGCUGUCCGAGGGUGUUUGAUGGGAGUGGACAGGAGUUUGCACACGCCUGGCACCUGGGUGAGAUCCACUUUGAUGAUGAUGAGCACUUCACCCCUCUCUCCAGCGACACGGGCAUCAGCCUUCUCAAAGUUGCUGUCCAUGAAAUUGGCCAUGUCCUUGGAUUGCCUCACACCUACAGAGUAGGAUCCAUAAUGCAACCAAACUACACUCCCCAGGAGCCUGCAUUUGAGCUGGACUGGUCAGACAGGAAGGCAAUUCAAAGACUAUAUGGUUCAUGUGAGGGAUCAUUUGAUACAGUGUUUGACUGGAUUCGCAAGGAGAGGAACCAAUAUGGUGAGGUGAGGGUGAGGUUCAACACCUACUUCUUCCGCAAUAGCUGGUACUGGCUCUACGAAAACCGCAACAACAGGACCCGCUACGGGGACCCUCUCCAAAUCCUCACUGGCUGGCGUGGAAUCCCUGUGCAAAGCAUAGAUGCCUUUGUCCAUGUCUGGUCAUGGGGAAAAGAUGAGCGAUAUUUUUUUAAAGGAAACCAAUAUUGGAGAUAUGACAGUGAGAAUGACCAGGCACACACAGAAGAUGAUGAAGGAAGGAGCUACCCCAAACUGAUUUCAGAAGGCUUCCCCGGCAUCCCCAGCCCCUUGGAUACUGCCUUUUAUGAGCGGAGACAGCAGUUAAUUUACUUCUUCAAGGAGUCUCUAGUAUUUGCAUUUGAUGUCAACCAAAACCAAGUACUUAAUUCUUAUCCAAAGAAGAUGAGCCAAGUGUUUCCAGCAGUAAUGCCACAAAACCAUCCAUUUAGAAACAUUGACUCAGCUUACUACUCCUAUGCACACGGCUCCAUCUUCUUUCUCAAGGGCAACUCAUACUGGAAAGUAGUGAGUGAUAAGGACAAAAAACACAACCCUCAGCUUCCUCUGAAUGGCCUAUUUCCAAAAAAACCUAUAUCAGAGAAGUGGUUUGAUGUUUGUGAUGUUCAUACCUCUACACUGAACAUGUAA